AUGGUGCCACUGGCGACGGACGACAGCUCUCCAGAGACUUUACCGCAAUCUGAUUACCUAUGUCCUGAUGACACCCAGAACAAUGGGCAAGCGCAACUGGAAGGAUGGCCUCAAGGCCCGCAGAAAGACCAACUCACCAUUCUAGAACCGAACAGUUUGUUGUCCUUUGGGUCAAAGAAUAAUCCAUUCAUGCUCGGUGACUCGUCUCUCACCAGCCAGGCGACUUCGCCAAACUGCUCCGAGAUCAUGGAUCUUCUAAACUUUGAUUCCUUUCCUGAUGAUAUGUCACCAGCCUCUGCUGCUCCGGACUGUAUUGACCCAGGUUCACUGCACAAGCCGGAGAUCCAGAGCAUGGCAGUUCCUUCAUUUGAAGGCAACCUUGUCUCCCUUCGCUUUUCACAAAAUCCGAGGGCGAAAUUAUCCAAAUCAUCUCUCAGUCAACAACGCGAAAGUACCAAAAACGUUUCCCGGGAUGUCCGGUCGGAUGCGCCUACUCGUUCACAACGGGCCUUGAAUCCUUUGCUCCCUGGAAAUCGAUAUUCUGAGUCGCCCUGCGCAUGUAUGCAGAAAGUACUUGAGCUAUACGAAGAUGUUGAGGAAGUAAGUCCAACAAGCAGCGCUAUGUCGAUGGGAGAGAGUUUGGCUUUUCAAAUAGCCGUGCUCCGGAAAUGCCUCAACAUUGUGGACUGCGAAGUCUGCACUCAGCCCUCGGCAAUUUCUAUGCUACUUAUCACGGUUUGCAAUCGCCUGCUGCAUAUAUCUCAAAGUAUGUCGUCGCAAUUGUGAAAAUGGUUUGUGCACGGGUCGCGUUUGCGUCCACAGCUUGCGACAGAUCCGCAGGAUGCAGAUGUUGAUAAUGGCAGCGAUGACCUGACAGGAAAGCUCAGCAUGGACCAGCUAG